AUGGACGCGAGCACCUCGGCGGCUUCGCCCCUCACCCCUUCCAAGAAGGAAAACAGCUACUCGCACCACUCGGCCAUCAACGAACACAUCAAGCCUCCCAAAAACCACGAGCUCUCGCGCAUCAACGAGUCCUCCAACGAUUCGCAGCCCGAUCCGAAGGGCAGCUACAGGAGCUGGAGACGAGGAGAAGGCCUCCAGCCCUGGGAGAACGACAUCGUCCGCAGCACCGAGGUCCAACGCAAAGCCAAUGUAGCUCAGCUCUACUUCCUCAACUACUACUUUGACAACCUUCGGUACAUCGCCGACCGCAAGGCUAGAUAUGCACGCUUCCAAGACUCUACACGCGCUCGCGGUUUGUUGCCAGACACCCAGGAUGCAGACCCCUCGCCCGAAUACCUCAAGGAGCGCAGCUCCUACUUUGGUCGUGAACGCGUCUUGCUUCGAAAGAGGAGGACCAAGCUGCGCGUCAACCAGUUCCACAUCAUCACCCAGGUAGGCGCAGGUGGCUACGGUGAGGUCUUCCUCGCUCGUAAGCGUGACACGGGCGAGAUCUGUGCACUCAAGCGACUCAAGAAGCGCAUCCUGGUCAAGAUGGACGAGGUGCGCCACGUUCUCACAGAGAGGGACAUUCUCACCGCCACAAAGACGCCCUGGUUGGUGCGUCUGCUCUACGCUUUCCAAGAUCCCGACCACGUCUUCCUCGCCAUGGAGUACGUUCCAGGUGGAGACUUCCGCACGCUCCUCUGCAACAACGGCGCUCUCAAGGAGGAGUAUGCUCGAUUCUACAUGGCCGAGAUGAUCGUCUCUGUCAAUGAGCUCCACCGCCUCGGCUACAUCCACCGCGACCUCAAACCCGAAAACUUCCUCGUCGAUUCGAGCGGUCACGUCAAGCUCACCGACUUUGGCCUCGCCUCGGGUGCGCUCAGCCCGGGCAAGAUCGAGUCUAUGAAGGCAAAACUCGACGCAGUCAAAGACACCGACUUUGUCUAUCGUACGCCCGCCGAACGCGGAUCCAUGUACAAAAAGAUGAUCCAGCACACCCAGCACCGCGCCAACUCGAUCGUGGGCAGCCCAGAUUACAUUGCACCCGAGAUGCUUCGCGGACGCCAGUACAGCUUCGGCGUCGACUACUGGAGUCUCGGAUGCAUCUUGUACGAGUUCUUGUGCGGCUUCCCGCCCUUCAGCGGGAGCAACCCGGACGAGACGUUCGCCAACCUCAAGAACUGGCAAAAGGUGCUGCAGCGUCCUGUCUACGACACGCCCGAAAACAUGCAGUUCAACUUGAGCGAUGUAGCGUGGGACGCCAUCACCAAGCUCGUCGACACGCCCGAACGCCGAUACAGCAGCCUCGAGCCUGUGCAAGCGCACCCCUUCUUCCGUUCGCUAGACUUGAACCGUCUGCGUGAGCUCAAGGCACCGUUCAUCCCCGAGCUCGAGAACGAGGAGGACACGGGCUACUUUGACAAUUUUGAGGACCCUGCCGACAUGGCGCGCUACAAGGAUGUCCACGAGAAGCAGAAGAACGUCGAGGCGGUAAGCGAGAACGGCUCGGGCGCCGGAGGUCGCGCUCUCUGGGUUGGCUUUACCUUUGGCAAGAACCACCUCGGCGCGAAUGGCAAGCCUCUCUUCCCGGCGUCGACGUCCAAGGACGCUUCCGACGCGUUCGCCACCAUGUUUUAG